CUGUAGAGUUAGGUAUCGAGGAACAAAAUCCAAUUGAUAUAAAACCAGUAAGACAUGUUAUUGAAAAUUGAAUUGAAUGCUUUAAUCCUUAUUUAUAUAUAUUGUAUUGCGUUAUUAGGCAGUUGUAAGAUAUACUGGUGUCCCUGACGAUGCUAUAAAUAUAAUCGAAGAACAAGCUGUAGGGUUAGAUAUCGAUGAACAAAACCCAAUUGAUAUACAAACAGUAAGACGUGUUAUUAAAUGAUAAUAAUUUUUAUUUCUAUAAUUGUAAUGUGUUUCUAGGCAGUUGUGAGAAAUCCUGGUGUCCCUGACGAUUCUAUAAAUAUAAUCGAAGAACAAGCCGUAAUGUUAGAUAACAAGGAACAAAAUCCAAUUGAUAUACAACCAGUAAGACAUGUUUUUGAACAUUUUAUUGAAUGCUAUUAAUAUUUAUUUAUAUAUAUUGUAAUGUGUUUUUAGGAAGUUGUAAGAAAUCCUUGUGUUCCUGACGAUGCUAUAAAUAUAAUCGCAGGACAUGCUGUAAUGUUAGAUAACAAGGAACAAAAUCCAAUUGAUAUACAACCAGUAAGACAUGUUUUUGAACAUUUCAUUGAAUGCUAUUAAUAUUUAUUUAUAUAUAUAUAUAUAUAUAUAUUGUAAAGUGUUUUUAUGCUGUUGUAAGAAAUCCUUGAAUCCCUGACGAUGCUAUAAAUAUAAUCGAAGAACAAGCUGUAGGGUUAGAUAUCGAGGAACAAAAUCCAAUUGAUAUACAAACAGUAAGACGUGUUAUUGAAUGUUAAUAAUUUUUGUUUCUAUAUAUUGUAAUGUGUUUUUAGGAAGUUGUAAGAAAUCCUUGUGUUCCUGACGAUGCUAUAAAUAUAAUCGAAGGACAUGCUGUAAUGUUAGGUAACAAGGAACAAAAUCCAAUUGAUAUACAAACAGUAAGACGUGUUAUUAAAUGAUAAUAAUUUUUAGUUCUAUAUAUUGUAAUGUGUUUUUAGGCAGUUGUGAGAAAUCCUGGUGUCCCUGACGAUUCUAUAAAUAUAAUCGAAGAACAAGCCGUAAUGUUAGAUAACAAGGAACAAAAUCCAAUUGAUAUACAAACAGUAAGACGUGUUAUUGAACAUUUCAUUGAAUGCUAUCAAUAUCUAUUUAUAUAUAUUGUAAUGUGUUUUUAGGCAGUUGUGAGAAAUCCUGGUGUCCCUGACGAUUCUAUAAAUAUAAUCGAAGAACAAGCCGUAAUGUUAGAUGUCGAGGAACAAAACCCAAUUGAUAUACAAACAGUAAGACGUAAUAUUAAAUGAUAAUAAUUUUUAUUUCUAUAUAUUGUAAUGUGUUUUUAGGCAGUUGUAAAAUAUACUGGUGUCCCUGACGAUGCUAUAAAUACAAUCGAAGGACAUGCUGUAAUGUUAGAUAACAAGGAACAAAAUCCAAUUGAUCUACAACUAGUAAGUCAUGUUAUUGAACAUUUCAUUGAAUGCUAUUAAUAUCUAUUUAUAUAUUUAUAUUGUAAUGUGUUAUUAGGCAGUUGUAAGAAAUUCUGGUGUCCCUGACGAUUCUAUAAAUAUAAUCAAAGAACCAGCUGUAGGGUUAGAUAUCGAGGAACAAAACCCAAUUGAUAUACAAACAGUAAGACGUUUUAUUAAAUGAUAAUAAUUUUUAUUUCUAUAUAUUGUAAUGUGAUUUUAGGCAGUUGGAGAAAUCCUGGUGACCCUGACGAUUCUAUAAAUAUAAUCGAAGAACAAGCUGUAGGGUUAGAUAUCGAGGAACAAAAUCCAAUUGAUAUACAAACA